AUCCGCUUAUCAAUGGGCAAUACUCGUAAAACAUUUCACUCCUGUAGACCGAUAUCGCCCCAACUAAACCCUAAAUACCGAAACCCUAAAAUCGCAGCCGAGAUCGCCGGCGAGACGAUCAGAUCUCUCCUAAUUGCGGCGGAGACGGCCAUGGGUCCCACCUCCAUCUCUCAUCUCUCCCAAUUCCUCGCCGCCAUCCUCUUCUUCCACGGAUCCGAGUACGCCCUCGCCGUUUUCUUUCACGGCCGAUCCAACGUCGCCGUCAGCUCGCUCUUGAUCAGCAAGCAGUAUGUGAUCGCGAUGGCCUGCGCUCUGUUGGAGUACUUGUCAGAGGUGGUUCUGUUUCCAGAAUUGAAGGAGCAUCGUUGGAUCAGCGGCGUUGGUGUUUUGAUGGUUUUGUUGGGGGAGAUCGUUAGGAAAGCUGCCAUAGUGACAGCUCGUCGAUCCUUCACGCAUAAUAUUAGAGUGCACUAUGAUCAAGAUCAUCACUUGAUUACUCAUGGGAUUUAUAGAUACAUGCGCCAUCCAAGUUAUUGUGGCUUUUUCAUCUGGGCAAUUGGAACCCAGGUUAUGCUUUGCAACCCUCUCUGCACUAUUGCAUUUGCUGCAGUCACCUGGAGAUUCUUCUCAAGUCGCAUACCAUAUGAAGAGUUUUUCUUAAGACAGCUUUUUGGGCCCCAGUAUAUAGAAUAUGCACGGCGUGUUCCUUCUGGUCUUCCUUUUAUAAAAUGAAUGCCUGCCAAAUUGUAGGCCUAUUAUCAAGUGUAGAGAAUUUUUGUUGGUCUCACUAAAUUACAUGAGCUGGCUCCCCAGAGGACUGCAUAGCAUAUGGCAAAAGUUUAAUUUAUUUACAGAGCCAACAGGAUGGAUGGAAACAGGUAGAGAAUAAUUAGAGAUCAAGCUUUCUAUUUGGUGAUCCUGAGGAUAGAAAGGAUAUGAACUUGAGCAUCUUAAAUUAGCUUUAAAUGGUCUAUUUACUCGGUGCUCGAUUUGUUAGAGGCUAAUGCAGUGAGGUACUGGUGUGGAUGCUGAGGCCGGGUGCCAGGCCCAAUCUUGCUUAUAUUGGAACGUUACGAUCUUUCAAAAUUUUCUUGUAUAUUCAUAUUAGCCAACAUCUCCAUGUAUUGAGGGCAUUAUUGUUUACUGUUAGCACUUCAAAGUAAUUUCAAUAUCUGGUGAUUCUUAAAA